AGGAGAAGGGAGGGCGGUGUCGGCAGGUUGGCUGCGGCCGCUAUUUGAGCGCAGGUCCCGGACCGGGCGCUCAGAGCGCUAGGAGCGAGCGCGACGGGGACAUCGUAACGCGCAGCCCGCAGAGGCGCUGCGGCCGGUGCAGCCCCGGAGGCCCCGCGUGGAGCAGGCGGCGGCGGAGCACAGGCCGGCUCUUCGCCCGCACCCCGCCGCCCGCGCCCCCUUGGCUCGCCGCACCCCCCCUCCCCGCGGCGCCGCGUCUUGAAUGGAAACAUGGCGGUGCCGGCUAGGACCUGCGGCGCCUCUCGGCCCGGCUCGGCGCGGACCGCGCGCCCCCGGCCCGGCCCCGGCCCCGGCCCCCGGCGCCCGGCGGCUGGGCCCAUGCGUCCGCUGUUGCUACUGCUCCCGCUGCUCGCCGCUUCGGGCGCCUCCGCCUACAGCUUCCCCCAGCAGCACACGAUGCAGCACUGGGCCCGGCGCCUAGAACAGGAGAUUGAUGGUGUGAUGCGGAUCUUUGGAGGCGUUCAGCAGCUCCGUGAGAUCUACAAGGACAACCGGAACCUGUUUGAGGUGCAGGAGAAUGAGCCUCAGAAGCUGGUGGAGAAGGUGGCAGGGGACAUUGAGAGCCUAUUGGACAGAAAGGUGCAGGCCCUGAAGAGAUUGGCUGAUGCUGCAGAGACCUUCCAGAAAGCCCACCACUGGCAGGACAACAUCAAGGAGGAAGACAUCAUGUACUAUGAUGCCAAGGCUGAUGCUGAACUGGAUGACCCUGAGGGUGAGGAUGUGGAGAGAGGGUCCAAAAGCAGCACCCUAAGGCUGGACUUCAUCGAGGACCUAAACUUCAAGAACAAGGUCAACUAUUCAUACACGGCUGUGCAGAUCCCCACAGACAUCUACAAAGGCUCCACUGUUAUUCUCAAUGAGCUCAACUGGACAGAAGCCCUGGAGAACGUAUUCAUUGAGAACCGCAGGCAGGACCCCACACUGCUGUGGCAGGUCUUCGGCAGUGCCACUGGAGUCACCCGCUACUAUCCAGCCACCCCCUGGCGAGCCCCUAAGAAGAUUGACCUGUAUGAUGUCCGACGGAGACCUUGGUAUAUCCAGGGGGCCUCGUCGCCUAAGGACAUGGUCAUCAUCGUUGAUGUGAGUGGCAGUGUGAGUGGCCUGACACUGAAACUAAUGAAGACAUCUGUCUGCGAGAUGCUGGACACACUCUCUGAUGACGACUAUGUGAACGUGGCCUCGUUCAAUGAGAAGGCACAGCCUGUAUCUUGCUUCACACACCUGGUGCAGGCCAAUGUGCGUAACAAGAAGGUGUUCAAGGAAGCCGUGCAGGGCAUGGUGGCCAAGGGCACCACAGGCUACAAGGCUGGCUUUGAGUAUGCCUUUGACCAGCUGCAGAACUCCAACAUCACUCGGGCCAACUGCAAUAAAAUGAUCAUGAUGUUCACGGAUGGUGGCGAGGACCGUGUGCAGGAUGUCUUCGAGAAGUACAACUGGCCCAAUCGGACGGUACGUGUCUUCACCUUCUCUGUGGGGCAGCAUAACUAUGAUGUCACUCCCCUGCAGUGGAUGGCCUGCACCAACAAAGGUUACUAUUUUGAGAUUCCUUCCAUUGGAGCCAUCCGCAUCAACACGCAGGAGUAUCUAGACGUGUUGGGCAGGCCCAUGGUGCUGGCAGGAAAGGAAGCCAAGCAGGUGCAAUGGACCAACGUCUAUGAGGAUGCACUGGGGCUGGGGUUGGUGGUAACAGGGACCCUCCCUGUUUUCAACCUGACGCAAGAUGGCCCUGGGGAAAAGAAGAACCAGCUGAUCCUGGGUGUGAUGGGCAUCGAUGUGGCUCUGAACGACAUCAAGAAGCUAACUCCCAACUACACGCUUGGAGCCAACGGCUAUGUAUUUGCCAUUGAUCUGAAUGGCUACGUGUUGCUGCACCCCAAUCUCAAGCCCCAGACCACCAAUUUCCGGGAGCCUGUAACUCUGGACUUCCUGGAUGCAGAGCUGGAGGAUGAGAACAAGGAGGAGGUAAGGGGAAUGCUAGAAAGAGGGCUGGGGAAGCAGGCACAGAGAGUAGAGGAGGUCACAACUCUGCCCUUCCAGAUCCGGCGGAGCAUGAUUGAUGGCAACAAGGGUCACAAGCAGAUCAGAACGUUGGUCAAAUCUUUGGACGAGAGGUACAUAGAUGAGGUGAUUCGGAACUACACCUGGGUGCCUAUAAGGAGCACCAACUACAGCCUGGGGCUGGUGCUCCCACCCUAUAGCACCUUCUACCUCCAAGCUAACCUCAGUGACCAGAUUCUGCAGGUCAAGUUGCCAAUCAGCAAACUGAAGGAUUUUGAGUUCCUGCUCCCCAGCAGCUUUGAGUCUGAAGGACAUGUUUUCAUUGCUCCCAGAGAGUAUUGCAAGGAUCUGAAUGCCUCAGACAACAACACUGAGUUCCUGAAAAACUUCAUUGAACUCAUGGAGAAAGUGACUCCAGACUCCAAGCAGUGUAAUAAUUUUCUUCUGCACAACCUGAUCUUGGACACAGGCAUCACACAGCAGUUGGUGGAGCGUGUGUGGCGGGACCAGGAUCUCAACACGUACAGCCUGCUGGCCGUGUUUGCUGCCACUGACGGUGGCAUCACACGCAUCUUCCCCAACAAGGCAGCUGAGGACUGGACAGAGAACCCUGAACCCUUCAAUGCCAGCUUCUACCGCCGCAGCCUGGAUAACCACGGUUAUAUCUUCAAGCCCCCACAUCAGGACACCUUGUUAAGGCCGCUGGAACUGGAGAAUGACACAGUGGGAGUCCUUGUCAGCACAGCUGUGGAGCUCAGCCUAGGUGGGCACACACUGAGGCCAGCAGUGGUGGGUGUCAAGCUGGACCCGGAGGCUUGGGCUGAGAAGUUUAAGGUGCUUGCCAGUAAUCGUACCCACCAGGACCAGCCUCAGAAGCAGUGUGGCCCCAACAACCCUUGUGAGAUGGAUUGUGAGGUUAACAAUGAGGACCUUCUCUGUGUCCUCAUUGAUGAUGGAGGGUUCCUGGUGCUGUCAAACCAGAACCAUCAGUGGGACCAGGUUGGCAGGUUCUUCAGUGAGGUGGAUGCCAACCUGAUGCUGGCACUCUACAACAAUUCCUUCUAUACCCACAAGGAGUCCUACGACUAUCAGGCAGCCUGUGCUCCCCAGCCUCCUGGCAACCUGGGUGCUGCACCCCGGGGUGUCUUUGUGCCCACCAUUGCAGACUUCCUUAACCUGGCCUGGUGGACCUCUGCUGCCACCUGGUCUUUGUUCCAGCAGCUGCUCUACGGCCUUCUCUACCACAGCUGGUUCCAGGCCGACCCCGCGGAGGCCGAAGGGAGCCCCGAGACGCGCGAGAGCAGCUGCGUCAUGAAACAGACCCAGUACUACUUCGGCUCAGUGAACGCCUCCUACAAUGCCAUCAUCGACUGCGGAAACUGCUCCAGGCUGUUCCACGCACAGAGGCUGACCAACACUAACCUGCUCUUCGUGGUGGCGGAGAAGCCGCUGUGCAGCCAGUGCGAGGCUGGCCGACUGCUGCAGAAGGAAACACACUGCCCAGCGGACGGCCCAGAGCAGUGUGAGCUAGUGCAGAGACCACGCUACCGGAGAGGUCCACACAUCUGCUUUGAUUACAACGCGACAGAAGAUACCUCAGACUGUGGCCGCGGAGCCUCCUUCCCUCCGUCGCUGGGCGUCCUGGUCUCCCUGCAGCUGCUGCUUCUCUUGGGCCUGCCUCCCCGGCCGCAGCCUCAAGUCCAUGCCCGCGCUGCCUCGCGCCCCCUCUGAGCUCCCGGCACCGGGCCCCUAGCCUCGCCCCCACCCAGCCCCCACAAUCCCCGCCUAAGAGCCACGUCCCUCCCUAAGUGAAGGACCUGAGCUCGCGGGGGUGGGGGGCAGGGGGGAGCGGGGUGUGCCUAGAACGUGUCUCACUGCUAAAUUGUCCAAGUGUCCCCAGACCCUGGACUCACCCCAGCGGGUUCAGACAGGGAGGCCACAUGUACCGGUGCCAAACCAAGCCUCCUCUGCCUAGGCAAUCGUGCCUCAGCUGGACUCCAAUCUGGCCCCCUACCCCACCCUAAACCUAAUUUCCCUGGGAAUAAUGGAGGAAGGUGAGAUGGCAGCUUAAGGCCUGUGCAUCCAAGCUGAUGUCCUGGUGGGAGAGAGAUUCUGGGGCAGCCCCCCAUGUGCUCCUACCCCUUUCAGGCCUACAGCCCUUGUCCCCAACCUGCAGGUGUCAGGACAGUCUCACAAUGACAUCAGUUUAGACACAACCCCACACACACCUGGAACCCAGAGAGCAGAAGCUAGAUAUAGCCUAGAGGGUACACACAAACACAGACACGUAGACACCAUGGGGAGGGGGGCUCAAAAAGCCUUACACAGGGUGAGGAGUUGGUGGGAGGGUUGGCAUCUGCACACUCUUAUCUCCUACUCACCACCUGCCUCAAAUCAGCUGCAGCCAGCCAGUCCUCCCAUCGCAAAAGCUGAAUGUCAAACAGUGCCAAAUGCUAGGGCAGGGGGGAACUCUCCUCUGUCCUACCCCAAGCCACCAGUGUCCUCCAAGUGCCCCUCACCUUGCCAGGUGCUCAUUGUAACCAUUUCUCACUAGUGUCAGGCCCCCAGUGGGACCACAUGCCACUGCCUGCACCCCAUGGGCAGAGGAACCUCCACUAGACAUUGCCCUUUGCCUUAGCAGGGGUGACUUGAUCUCUCCUGGCUGGGCCAUCCUGCCCCGAAUCUGGCCCUUACAUGCUCCAGCCUGUGCCCAUUCCUUAUGUCCUUCCCACUUUCUCUCACACACACAUACACACUCCCUGCUCCCAGGAGGCCAAAUUGCUCCUACCCUGCUGAACACACACUUGCACAUACAAUGUACACACAAAGGCUAGGCCUGGCCACAUCUGUUCACACCAUUCAUUCUGGUCAUUUUCCCAGCCUGGGGGCCAUUCGGGGACUGAGGGCAGGGGGAUGUAGCCAUGGGGCUCAGAUGGACUGGGAGGAGGGGGGAGGGUGAUGCAUUAAUUAAUGGCUGCGUUAAUUAAUGUCAUGUUGCUUGUUGCUUUCUCAGUGUGUGUGUAUGGUCCAUGCCCGCUGCCGGUGCCAGGGUGGGUAUCCAUGACAUGUGCCCAGCCUGGAUGUCAGUUGUGUUCUGUGGGGGCGUGUGUGUAACUGUAGUGUAGUUAGGUGCUCAAUGGAGAUAUAAAAAUAAACAUAUACAGAAAAAUAAAUAUAUAUUUUAAGUUUUUAAAAAAUCCAACCAAACAAUUCCCAUCAGGUAGUUGUCCAACCCCCAGCUGGGUCUGAUCCUUCUCAUCACCCACCUGACCUGGCUGCCCCCGCACUUGGCUGGGGGAUUGGGGGGUCAUUUCUUUUUCUCUGCCCUUUUUUUUGUUGUUGUUCUAUUUUGUACAGACAAGUUGGAAAAACAGCAACAAAAAAGUCAAGAAACUUUGUAAAAUAUCAUGUGUGUGAUUCCUUGUAAAAUAUUUUCAAAUGGUUUAUUACAGAAGAUCAGUUAUUAAAUAAUGUUCAUAUUUUCACUUCAAA